AUUCUUAUUACCAGGGGUGGCAGCGCAGCACUUGGAAAGGGUGAAUCAAUCUGAGAGAGAGAGAGAGAGAGAGAGAGAGAGAGAGAGAGAGAGGGAGAGAGGGAGAGAGAGAGAGAGAGAGAGAGAGAGAGAGAGAGAGAGAGAGAGAGAAGAAGCCACCGUCGGCGGCGGCUCUGCAGUGGAAUACGCUGUUUUUUGAGGGAAGUGUUUUGAGCGCGUGUUUCAGGACUUGAUCGCAACAUCCUAAAAUAAAGUAACUCCUGGGUUCUUCUCACUUCACAAAAAGCCUCACUCAAAUCCCCAGACAACACAAGAAAAAAAAAGGAAUAACAUCUGUUUAUCUGCAUAUUUCUAUGUUCAAAAAACAAAAGGAAAAGACAAAGAGAUUGACAGAGGACAAAAAACAUCACAGAGGAUGCGGAAUUAGAAAGAACAAAUUGCCACUGGAGGACCAAAGGGAAUAUAUACCUUUUCUCGCAAAUCCACCAGCGUGGAGUCACCUCACCUGUACCUUCGGAUUAAAGAGCAGGGUCAUGUCCCAGUUGCCAUGCGCAUCGCCACGCUGACCUGCCUUCCCGGCCCUUCCCCCCUCCUCUUUCUAUUGGCCCAGCUGCUACUGCGGCUCCUCCUCCCUGGGCCGGAGUUGGUGGGAGCCGCUUCUUCCUGCCCCUCCCUCUGCACCUGCUCCAACCAGGCCAGCCGAGUCAUCUGCACCAGGCAGAACCUGGAGGAGGUUCCCGAAAGCAUAUCAGUCAACACACGAUACCUCAACCUGCAGGAGAACUCCAUACAGGUUAUCAAGUCCGACACUUUCAAGCACUUGAGACACCUUGAGAUCCUCCAGCUCUCCAAGAAUCAGAUCCGUCAGAUUGAAGUCGGAGCAUUCAAUGGCCUCCCCAACCUCAACACAUUGGAGCUCUUCGACAACCGCCUCACACUGGUGCCAUCACAUGCCUUUGAGUACCUCAGCAAGCUACGGGAGCUGUGGCUGCGCAACAACCCCAUUGAGACUCUGCCAGGCUAUGCCUUCCACCGUGUGCCCUCGCUACGUCGCCUGGACCUGGGUGAGCUCAAGAAGUUGGAUUUCAUCUCUGAUGCAGCCUUUGUGGGCCUCAUCAAUCUACGCUACUUGAACCUGGGCAUGUGUGGGCUGAAGGACAUUCCCAAACUGACAGCGCUUGUGCGUUUGGAGGAGCUGGAGCUGUCAGGAAACCGACUGGAGAUCAUCCGACCUGGGUCCUUCCAGGGCCUGGUGUCUCUACGCAAGCUGUGGCUAAUGCACUCACAGGUGUCCGUCAUUGAGCGCAACGCCUUCGAUGACCUGAAAAGCCUGGAAGAGCUCAACCUGUCCCAUAACUCCCUGCACUCCUUGCCCCAUGACCUCUUUACGCCUCUUCACCAGCUGGAGAGGGUACACCUCAACCACAACCCCUGGAUCUGCAACUGUGAUGUGCUUUGGCUAAGUUGGUGGUUGAAAGAGACGGUGCCCAGCAACACCACCUGCUGUGCCCGCUGCCACGCUCCCCCAGUCUUAAAGGGCAAGUACAUUGGAGAACUUGACCAGAGUCACUUCACCUGCUUUGCGCCGGUCAUUGUGGAACCACCUACAGACCUCAAUGUCACCGAGGGUAUGGCUGCUGAGCUCAAGUGUCGCACAAGCACCUCCACAACAUCUGUCAACUGGAUCACCCCGAAUGGCACACUAAUGACGCAUGGUUCCUACCGGGUGCGGAUAUCCGUCCUGCAUGAUGGCACACUCAACUUCACAAAUGUCACCCUGCGUGAUACGGGCCAGUACACCUGCAUGGUUACCAAUGCUGCUGGCAAUACCACAGCAACUGCUGUCCUCAAUGUCACCGCCGCUGAUGCCAGUGUCAACUACACCUACUUUACAACAGUCACAGUGGAAACAGUCGAGACCCCGGGAGAUAAAGAGUCUGCAUUGGUAGCCAUCAAUGAGACAUUCAUACGUGUUUACCCUGGCCCCACUCCCUCGGGCCACCUGUGGUCAGAAGGUGUUCCUACCACUGCCUCCUCUCUGUCAGCAGGCUGGUCCUCCUCCUCUCCUCGGGCCACCCGACCCACGUUCACUGUGCCCAUCACUGAGCCAGGCUUCUCAGGCUUGGAUGAUGUGAUGAAGACCACCAAGAUCAUCAUUGGCUGCUUCGUAGCCAUUACCUUCAUGGCAGCGGUGAUGCUUGUGGUGUUCUACAAGCUGAGGAAACAGCACCAGCUGCAUAAACACCAUGGCCCUGCUCGUGCUAUUGAGAUCAUAAAUGUGGAGGAUGAGCUGGGGGCUGGGGCCAGUGGUCGGGGCAGCGGCAUCUCAGGAGGCUCCACGGUGACGCAGAGCGGAAGCAGUGGAAUAGGAGGGGGCCAGAGUCUCAGGCUGCACCACCCAGAGAUAGUCAACCUGCCAAACCUGGCCCGAUCAGAGCACCUCAACCACUACUACAAAACCCAUCACUUCAACAACAACAUGAUGGGCAUGGGCAUGGGCACUGGUGCGGGCCUCAACAACAACAACAACCCCUCGUCUUGCUCUCAGUCUCAGAACACAUCUAUAUCCUGUUCCCAGGUGACAACCAGUGGAGGAAUGCCCACAGGUGGCACCCUGCCCUCCCCUGUGCCCCUGCCCCAGUUGGGUCUCCACAGUUCUCUGAAAGGCCUUAUGGGGAAAAGCCAGAAUGAGCCCCUGCUUUUUAAGAGCGGCUCCAAGGAAAAUGUGCAAGAGACUCAAAUUUGAGUAAAAGUGAGAGUGGAAGUAGCAGGUAAAAAAGAAGAGCUGGUAGAGACAGUGAGACAGAAAGAGCCUGUGAGACCGAUUGUAGCCUACUGUCGUCAUGGACAGAUUCCAGAGAAGAUUAUAUUUCACAGUCACUGCUUUGUGUUGUCAAUCUGUUGACAGAGAGAAGCAGAUAGGAAGACUGACGGAGACAGAGUACGAUAUCUGAUCAGUCCCACCAAUAGCAGCCGCACAUUCUUUUCAACUAAAUCAGACCCAAACAUAUACAAUGUAAACCACAAACAUCCAAAUCAUUCAGUUUUCUGUGCAGCCUGCUAUUGUCUUUGGCAAAGUCCAAGAUCAAGCCAACUCUUUUCAUUUGCGUUCACAAUCACAGUAGAAAGCUAUGAAUAAUACACAUGUGCAAUGAGCCUCUCUAGGGUUUCUACAGAUAGCUUCGUAUAUUUCCAGACACAUGCAGUGUAUAUAUUUGGAGGGAGACAUAAUAUUGGCCAUUGAACAUGUUGUCAGAUUAGUGUUUGGCAGAGACACGGAAUAACAAACAAUGGUUUGGGUAAGCGGUACGGUCCCAGGUUUCCAGGAAGCACUAAAACAGAACUGAGAAAGCAAAAUUAGAGCAGUGCAGCGAUUUUGUCCAGGACAGAGGUAUCCGACUAGUACUUCACAGGGAGAGAGAACAACAACAAUUGUUUUUUCAGAGCGCUUUCACUCUCACUUUCUCAUUUUUUCACUUUUUACCUUACUGGCUACUGUCUUCUUUGACGGAGAGAAACAGAGUGGGUUAUCAUGGGAGAAGAAAAUUCCUAUUGCAUAAAGGAUAAUGAGAGAUAUAAAAAGGACCGAAAGUACAUAUUAUAUAUACCGUAAAUAUAUUUUCAUUCAAAGAAAUAAAUUAUAAAGAAUCUUUAUUAAGCUUCUGACUGAAAACUACAACGUCUGAAGAAUAUAUUUAAAAAAAAAUAGAAGUUCACACAGCUGUUGUAGUGGCCCUCCCUUACAACUUUUCCGAACUUGGAUCAAGAUGGCCGCUCCGACUGUGCUGCAAAAGGACACGUGUAGGAGAGUGGCAUCCGUUGAGAGGGAGCUAAAACAAAAACCUGGCAAAGUGUUUGAGUGAAUUUAUUUUGUUCUUGACUUUUUUGUAGCUACACACAAGUGUUUCCCUCUUCUGUCACAUUCACAUAAACAGGGUCAUUGGAGAAGGGAGAUCUUUACGCUCUACUGCAAAAAUAUAAAAUCAGCUCUUCAUCAUUUGGUAUAGUGUAUCUAUAGCAUUAAUAAUAAUGAUCAUGAUGAUAAUAAUGAUAACAAGCGGUUUUUAUUUGUCAUAAUGGUCCUUUAGUGAUAAGCAUAUUAAACGAUCAACGAUAUGCCACAAUAUUUUACUGUACUUACUAAAAAACGUUGCACAUGCUAGUUUAGCAUGCUCUCUAAAAACAUUUGGUUUCAACAUACAGUAUAAUGUAUCACGAUGAUGAUAUGACACAUCAUUAUUAUGUUAUCAUUAUUAUCAUUCAUAUGACUAUUAUUAUUACUACUUGUGCCUACAAAUAUCUCAGAAGUACUUUUUUCAUUUGUAUAUGACACUGAAGUUGUUUUGUGACUGACCCUGUUGGACUUCGGCUAAUGAAUGGCAGUGGGACAGACUCAACGUGCCACUAAGUGAACUCCACAUGCAUCAGCAGGAAGUAACCUGGCCCUCAAAAUGGCUUCCUCAGUCCAGCCCUCACUGACUCGUCUGCUUUGAUGUCUCAAGCAGUCAGGACCCCUCAUGUUAUCACGCAUUAAAGACAGGACAUGAACCUUUGAUGAAGACUGCUCCUUUGCAGGGGAUUAUUACACAACUGUAUCUCAGUGUUAUCGUGUAUGAGUGGAUUUCAUGGCAGCAGGGAGCUAAAUGGACAACAGGCUUUGCCAAGCAUUUUUAAAGGUAAGCGAAGCUCGUUCAGUGAAGGAGAUGGUGACAUACAGUACAGUAUACAGUGGUGGGAGAGUUUUUCUAAAGAAAAAAGACACUUAAAUGAAAAAAUAUAGAACCUUAUAGAUCUUUUAAAAAAAAAAAAUUAUUAUGAUAAGUGUUUUUCAUUUGGGGUUUUUAUCUAGUUUGAUUAUUUUCUGUUUUUUUAAAUCAAGUGAUAUCUUUAUUGUAAUAUUGUUAUUGUUAUUAUAAUUAGCUAAUUACACUGGUUAAAAUUAUGAGAGAUGUUCUGUUAGCAAAGGUCACUUUGAAAAUUAAAUAAACCUGGCACAUAAAAUGGCA